CAGCGAACACGACCAAGCGGCCCCAAAUUCUCACAAUAUUUAUAUUUUCUAUUCGCACCGACUCUUCUGUGCCGCGACGAAUAUCCUAGGGCGACAGAAAUCAGGUGGAUGGUGGUGUUUUGGAAUUUCUUUGAAUUCGGCCUAUCGAUUUUCCAUGAGGCCUUGAUCUUUGACCGUGUCGUAGUACCGAUCUAUCACGUUCGGCACGCAAUACCUAGAACCGAAGUGGUUUAUCAAAAUACUCGAGUCUUGUAUUUUCAUUUUUUCCCUUGGCUUUGUCCUCCAAUACUUAUUCUUCCAAGCGUGGAUGAAUGCUUGGGCAGAAAUGCUGCGGUUCGCAGACCGAUUGUUUUACAAGAAAAAUCCAUUGUCUCGUUAUACGAUUCCAUAGUCGACGUGAACAACGGAUUAAACUGUCCUUGACAGCUCCAACUCCGUGAUAUGAGCAGAUCUAGAUAAUAAUUGGGAUGUGGUGGACAGUUGUUCUCCAUCGUAUAUAAGUUGAACACAAUGCAUAGACUGAUGUUGAUAAGUAUCCACCAGAAGAAGUUGUUGCUAGUAACAACUUUGCCCUUGGAGAUGAUGAAAAGGGGUAUCCCAAUUCCGAAGAGUAAGAUGAAUGCCACUGGAUAAAAAAAACCCAUUACGAACGCCAGUACGUACUCAUGAAUGAUGGCUGAAAUGAAGAACACAGCUAUAGCUGCCAACGGUCGGUUGUACGGCAUCACUAUCUCAUACAUGUCCUUGAAGAUGUAUGAAUAUAACCAGUUGUGCACAAUUGAGUUCCACGUGCGGAAAAAUUCGUUAAAAGUCGUGGCGUUUACAUAAGUUUAGCGUUAAACUAAAUAGAGUGAAGAACAGUUUGACACGAUAAAAUUACAACAUCCAGUAAAAAGUUUCUUCGAGUAAAAAAGCUUAUUUGUUUAAAUUAAAUAAAUAAUUUGAACAAAUAAUUGAUUUGCUUUACAAAAGACUAAAAACGUCAUUUCCUUAAAAAUUCCCAAAUUUUUAUUUUCCUCUCAAAGAUAUUUUCACUACAACUUAAAAAAACCAAGUUUAAAGAAAUAAUUUCAUCAAUUUAAACAAUUUUUCUCUGCGAUAUAGAGAAACUA